GCUCUGUAUCGUAUUAUGCAAGAAAAGAUGGCCGCUCGAACGGCUAUAGGGGCGGCUGUAAGAGCAGUCAACAAGCCGAGGAAAUUUGCUGCUAGAAGAGCUGCAAUUACACUAACUCCUGCUGCAGUACAAAAACUCAAGUCAUUGCUCAAACCAGAAACAGAAAAUAAUGCUUUAAGAAUAGGUGUCAAACAAAAAGGCUGUAAUGGCCUCUCUUAUACAUUAGAUUAUGCUAAUGAAAAGGGAAAGUUUGAUGAGGAAGUCAAUCAGGAUGGUAAGUUUGACAGAAGAAACUUGAAUCUUGGAAAAACUCAGGAAACCAUGAACAUCAGAAAAGCUUCUUGCAUGCUAUUCGUGGGAAGAAGAACAAACUAGUGAGGCAAAAGAAAGCUGAAUUGCAUGCAUUUAAGUUGGUGGUAUUGUUGUUUCCUAUCGCGUCCUGAUCCCCAAUGUGACUUGUUACAUAACAGUAACCACUCCAGACAUUUUUCAGGUUUCCUAGUUUUCUGAGUUUUCAAGUCACCCACCGUUAAUCCUCUAACUGCUUUGUACCAUUAUCCCUGGAGUCAAAAAAAAUGAUUUAUUACACGACUUGGGCAGUCAGAGGGCCAAUAACUAAAAUCAACCAAUCAAAAUGCUCUA